AUGGAUCUGCCACCCGAGAAAGGUGGUGGCGAAGAGCCAUCUGAUGCGGCGAGCGAAGAAAUUACCUAUCCUGCACACACGCCCUACGAUAGCCCCCCACUCCCGUCUGCUUGUGAUAUCUUGCAGCCUCUGUCGCUUUAUUCGCCGUUGCCGUCGAGUGGCUACUUGGCCGCCGUUCUAGCACGUGAACGAAGACUGAGGAUGGACCAAGACUAUCAACAGGGGGACCAGCUAAAUACCAACCCGGAUACGAAAUGCUCUUCUGGCCAUAGACCCGCAUACACUCCGUCAGUGGCUUUUGGGGUGAACCACAGUCGCCAAAACUCGUCAUCAGGGCCUGGAAGCUCAUCCACAGAACAGUCGGAAGAGCCACUCCAGGCCACCUCACCCCCGACUGGGGGGUGGACUGUAGAAGGUCAAGGCCUGGGACCUCCAAGUUCUCCCCUCUCUGGUGAGAUUCAGUCUGUUCAAAGACACAAUCAUGGUGUGGAGUUUUUGCACGAGGUUGAUGAGGAGGGGGUGCGAACAUGGCGAAGGUGGGUAGUCGAGUACAGUUAA